AUGCUUCUCUACGAGGAUAUCAUUACUGGAGACGAGAUGUUCUCAGAUGCCUUCCCUGUGAAGACAAUUGAUGACAUCGUCUACGAGGUUGAUUGCCAAAUGAUUGUCAUUAAACCUGGCGCGGACGUUGAUAUCGGUGCGAAUCCAUCCGCUGAGGAGCAGGAGGAAGCCUUGCAAGAGGAAGGCGCCACGUCGGUCAACAAUAUUAUCCACUCGUUCCGUCUUCAGCCGACAACAUUUGACAAAAAGAGCUACCUUACCUGCCUCAAGGGUUACAUGAAGGCGGUCAAGGCAAAACUGCAGGAAACCAAUCCUGAGCGGGUUGAGGUGUUCGAGAAAGGUGCCAGUGCAUAUGCGAAGAAGAUCGUCAGCAACUUCAACGAUUACGAAUUCUACACUGGCGAGAACAUGAACCCCGAUGGCAUGAUUGCACUCCUGAACUACCGCGAGGAUGGUACCACGCCUUACUUUACGUUCUGGAAAGAUGGUGUGAAGGAGGUGAAGCUGUAA